AUGGAACACAGAAAAGAGAUGGUGAUGCUCCCGGAAGGAGGUCAACUUGGCACGGCAGUUGGCAAGACUGGCUCUAAUUUGUCGGAAGCAGUUGGAAGCCCCGCGCGAGAAUCACAAGGCAAAACGGUCCACAGGAACUACACCAGCCCCGGUUCUGCGCCCUACUCGCGAGACAGAGCGGACGAGGAGGUGAAGAGCGCACGGGGACGCGUGUGCGCCGAUAUAAGGUCGGUUGGCAUGUCCUCUUCAACCGAGAGAUAUCGAUUAGAUCACACCAACAAAGAAGCUAGCAGCUCGGACACAGAGUCUGACUUCUAUGAAGAAAUUGAUGUGAGCUGCACGCCAGAAAGCAUGGAGUACCCCAACGGGAAAGGUCGAAACGGUGAUUCCCCCAUCCACCCGAGUGACAGCGGUAUGGAUCCUGGUAAGAUGGGUUUGGGCCAGGUUUCGCUCUCCUACGGGGCUGACGCGAUGCGACGGUACCGGACAGCCUUUACUCGGGAGCAAAUCGGCCGGUUGGAGAAGGAAUUCUACCGGGAGAAUUACGUGUCCAGGCCGAGGAGAUGCGAACUGGCGGCUUCACUAAAUUUACCAGAAACCACUAUCAAGGUGUGGUUCCAGAACCGCCGGAUGAAGGACAAGCGGCAGCGUCUGGCCAUGACGUGGCCUCACCCCGCCGACCCCGCAUUCUACACCUACAUGAUGAGUCACGCGGCCGCCACCGGGAACCUGGGUUACCCCUUCCCGUCCCACCUACCAUUACCGUAUUACUCCCACCUUGGGGUCGGAGCCGGAUCGGCCUCCUCCGCCACCCCAUUCUCCAACCCCCUCAGGUCCCUUGACAGUUUCCGGAUGUUGUCUCACCCCUACCAGAGGCCGGAGCUUCUGUGUUCGUUCAGGCACCCGCCCCUGUACCCCAGCCCGGCCCACGGCCUCGGUCCCGGGGGGAGCCCCUGCUCCUGCCUCGCUUGUCACUCCGCUCAAUCAAACGGCCUUCAACAGAGGCCUACCGGGUCAGAUUUCCCGUGCUCCCCAACGAGCAGGACUGACGCGUUUUUGACGUUUACUCCGUCGGUGCUGAGCAAGUCCUCGCCGGGGACUUUGGACCAGAGAGAGGAGGUGCCAUUGAACAGAUAAAACGAAGAGAGCACAUCCACAUGUGUUCAUUGGACUGGGUCAAACAAGCGCAGAAGAGGGCCUUAAUAUUUUAUCAAACUUAGAGAAAAAAAACAUGAACAUGACCCAAACAGCAUGAAUACAACGAUCACGUGGAGCAUACUCCAUACAAGCAGCAGCAUAAACGACAGAUACCGCAGUGCGCGCUGUUACAUACACCUGCUACUACAAAAAGAAGAGAUGAACGCGCUCAGGCGCAAACAAUUUGCCUACCUUGUUUUUAAGCUAUAUGUUUUCUAGCACCAACAUCAUAUCACACAUCAUGACAGUCUAUCCACUGAAAAAUAAUAAUUUCAGUUGUAAAACCCCAUGCAGACUAUGAAACAUUAUGAGAUCGGACAAAAAACAUUUGAUUUAUUGAAGAUUAAUUUGGUGCGAGGAAAGAGAGAGCCCGGGUGGACUGGGAAUUACAGACAACCGUUUAUCUCCGUGAUGGAUGGCGUUAACGAUUUAUCUUUAGGCCUAUCUAUAGUCUCUUCAGAUUUCCAAAUUGACCUGUUUUGUAAAUUUCACUAGAAUGGUCUAUUCCAACUUCCUUUUUAACAAGGGGAUGUGUUAACAGACUGCACCGUCUCAUUAUGGCUCUCUAUCUCCCUACCCGAGCCUCCCUUUUUGACGUGUUGGGGCCGAAAUGUGCAGAUGCUGGUAAAAUUAGUAAGUGAU